AUGAACGCAUGCGGAGUGGAUUUGCGGGAGCGAGAAGACCGGUCAGAUCGCGUUGAGGACUUGUCACAACCUUCAUCUUCCAGGUCAUCUGAUUCGAACUACCUAGACCAGGAAUCCAAGGUGCGUCGACCGAUCCGGCCGCCACGCCCCGCCCUUCUUGGUCGUGCCCCCGAGGAGCCACGCCACCCAGGAAGCUUGCGGGCUGACGUCGCGGAGGAACAUGUUUCAAUAAGCCUGCGUGGGAACUGGGGAAGCAAAGCUCCGAAGGCGCAAUUGCAGCCGGAAACUUGGGGCAAGCGCCAGGCAGACUCGAGAGCCAAGGGAGUCGUGGGAGCGCUGAGCAAUGUCGUGCAAGAGCAGUUGCAGAUGAAGUACGGUCUGGCAAUCGAGGUGGACGACUUCACGCGCAAGGUGGAAAGCCUUUGCCGUGCCCAAAGCCUCGGAGGCCUGAACGAGGCCUUGGAUCCCUGCGACGUCGUGUCCUCUUUGAACAACCUCAAAGACAUGCGCUUCCGAACUCGGGACGGAAAGAGAAGCCUGGCACUACAACUUGAGCCUCACGUCCUCGAAACAUUCGAGGAGUUGUCGAGCGAGGUCAGUGUGAUGAUGGGCACAGCGUGUGCCAUUGCAUCGGUGUAUCGGCUUCAUUCUUGGCGAGCAGUUGCCGUCUUCCGUCAGGACUAUGCUCGACCGGGUGCUUUAGUUGGAAGAUGUUCCGUCUUCACAGAGCCUCUCAUUUCUUUCACG